AUGGCCACAGAAAGCUUCGGAUUCCAGGCUGAGAUCAGUCAACUCCUUGACUUGAUCAUUAACACCUUCUACUCGAACAAGGAAAUUUUCCUUCGAGAGUUGAUUUCCAACGGCUCCGAUGCCCUCGAUAAAAUUCGCUAUGCCUCUCUCACCGACCCCACCCAGCUCGAUACCGAGAAGGAGCUUUACAUCCGUAUCGUCCCCGACACGGAGAACAAGGUCCUUUCAAUCCGUGAUACCGGUGUUGGCAUGACCAAGGCCGAUAUGGUCAACAACCUUGGUACCAUCGCCAAGUCUGGAACAAAGGGUUUCAUGGAGGCCCUCAGUGGUGGCGCCGAUAUUUCCAUGAUCGGUCAAUUUGGUGUUGGUUUCUACUCCGCCUACCUCGUCGCUGAGCGCGUACAAGUCAUUUCAAAACACAACGACGACGAGCAAUACAUCUGGGAAUCGGCUGCCGGGGGUACCUUCACCAUCACUCCCGAUACCGUCAACCCACCUCUCGGCCGCGGUACCGAAAUCCGUCUUUACAUGAAAGAGGACCAGCUUGAGUACCUCGAGGAGAAGAAGAUCAAGGAUAUCGUGAAGAAGCACUCCGAGUUCAUUUCAUAUCCUAUCCAGCUUGCCGUUACCAAGGAGGUUGAGAAGGAGGUCGAGGAUGAGGAUGAGGAGAUGGAGGAGGCUGAAGACAAGCCCAAGAUCGAGGAAGUCGAUGAUGAGGAGGACAAGACCAAGGAGAAGAAAACCAAGAAGAUCAAAGAAAAGGAGACCACCAACGAGGAAUUGAACAAGACCAAGCCUAUCUGGACGCGCAAUCCUUCCGACAUUACCACUGAGGAGUACGCCUCCUUCUACAAGAGCUUGACCAAUGACUGGGAAGACCAUCUCGCCGUCAAGCACUUCUCCGUCGAAGGUCAGCUUGAGUUCAAGGCCAUCCUUUUCAUUCCAAAACGCGCUCCCUUCGAUCUCUUCGAAUCAAAGAAGAAGCGCAACAACAUCAAGCUUUACGUCCGCCGAGUCUUCAUCAUGGACGACUGUGAAGACCUCAUUCCAGAAUACCUGAACUUCGUCAAGGGUAUCGUCGACUCUGAGGAUCUUCCCCUCAACAUCUCCCGUGAGACUCUCCAGCAAAACAAGAUCCUCAAGGUCAUCCGCAAGAACCUUGUGAAGAAAACGAUGGAUCUCAUCAGUGAGAUCGCCGAAGACAAGGACAACUUUGCCAAGUUUUACGAGGCUUUCGGAAAGAACAUCAAGCUCGGUAUCCACGAGGAUGCUCAGAACCGCAGCAAGCUCGCUGAAUUCCUUCGCUUCUACUCCACCAAGUCGACCGAUGAAUUGACCUCCCUCAAAGACUACAUCACUCGCAUGCAUGAGAUCCAGAAGACCAUCUACUACCUCACCGGAGAGUCGCUUGCCGCUGUUCGUGACUCACCCUUCCUCGAGGUUCUCAAGAAGAAGGGCUUCGAGGUCCUCCUCCUCGUUGACCCCAUCGACGAAUACGCCAUCACCCAGCUCAAGGAAUUCGAUGGCAAGAAACUUGUCUGUGUGUCGAAGGAAGGCCUUGAGCUCGAGGAAACCGAGGACGAGAAGAAGGCACGUGAGGCUGAGGUUGCCGAAUUCCAGGAGCUCUGCUCAACGGUGAAGGAUGCCCUUGGUGACAAGGUUGAGAAGGUUGUCGUGUCUAACCGUAUCACCGAUUCGCCAUGUGUCCUCGUAACUGGUCAGUUCGGCUGGUCAUCAAACAUGGAACGUAUCAUGAAGGCGCAAGCUCUCCGCGACUCUUCAAUGUCGUCGUACAUGGCGUCAAAGAAGACGCUCGAGCUCAACCCCACAAACGCAAUCGUGAAGGAGCUCAAACGCAAGGUCAAGGAGGACAAGGCUGACAAGUCUGUUCGUGACUUGACGUACUUGCUCUUCGAGACGGCCCUUCUUACGUCCGGCUUCACACUGGAUGAGCCUUCGUCGUUUGCCAAGCGCAUCUACAGGAUGAUUGCGUAA